UAGGGUUUCCAAGGAGCUGCUGGUCGAUUCAAACUGCCAACCUUUUGGUUAGCAGCUGAGCUCUUAACCACUGUGCCACCAGGGUUCCUAAUCUACUUUAGGGGAGUGUUUUAAAAACUCUAGAGGCAGUGUGGUAUAGAAAAGGCAAGGGCACAGUACUCUCUCUUAACUGACUGUGGGACCUUUGGGUUUGAAUCUCUGCUGUGUCCAUUCAUAACCUCAAUUGCCUCAUCUCUAAAACAGGAAUAGCCAAACCUCCCUCCUAGAGUUUUGUUGAAGACUGACUCUAGAAAUGCUUGUCACAUAGUAGAUGCAUGAUAAAUAGGAGUUUCCUUCUCUUUCCUACCUUAUCUUUAGAAAACUCUAUCUACAUGUUUAUAAAUAAUUAUCAUUUUUACAUUCAAGCUAAUUCUAUUCUUUCUGUUUAUCACCUGCAUUACCACUAUUAAUUAUUAGUAUUCUUUGGUUAGCAUUUUUUUUUCAUUCUUGGUUGUCCACACCCAUCACAAACACACUUGACUAGUUUGGCAUAUUAUACAAACUCAUUUUCCCUCUAAAAGGACACAUCUAUAUCCAUUCCUAUGUAAUAGAAAAACAAUCAAUUUCAUUCAUUUAGACCAAUGAAGAAACUGGGCUAUAGUGAGAUUAAUGAACGUUUGCCUUAAGUAGCGAUUACAUAGUGAUUUGAUAUAAAGUUUUUUGAAUCCUGGCUAAGUACUCUGUGAUACAUGAAGAAAUAAAAAAAAAAAAUGUAGUAAAAAUUUUACAUAACUCUAAAUUGAGUCAGUUUAAGAAUUUUCACUCUGAAAUUAUAGAAUUCUCAAAUUUCUGAUUUCUGGCGUUAAAACAACUUUUUUUUUUUUAAAGUGAAUUGAUGGUGAAAGUCAUUUUUAAAUGUUCUUUCUUAAAAAUCUACUCAUUUAGAAAUAUUUACUGUUCCAUGACAUCCCAACAUUUAAGAACCAUUAAUCUAGAAGAACAUCACAAUCAAACACGUGUUCAACAAUCAUCAAGGACGUGCACAGCUUACGAGAGCAUGAUUACUUUCCAGUGGAGCUUUAUAUUUAGAAACUUCCCUGCCUGAGUCGAUUUGCUUCUUGUUUCGUUUCUCAUGUUUAAUGACAUAAAGAUACGUUGCAAAGUUUUGAUGUGGCAACUAUGAGUCCCAAUUUGCAAUCACCUUGAUUGGAGAACUGAUUUUGGAAAUUCUAGCAAAAAUUGAGAAGGGAAAUCAACACUGAUUAGCUACCAUCCCUAAUUCAAUUUAACUACACCUCUUGUAUCUCUCAUCUCAUCUCUUUGGGUCCUUUUCUUUCUGGUAUUUCUUCACUUUUAUUAUACAGAAAGUGUAGUGUUCUGUGUGAGAAAUUUCCUUAAAAAAAAAUAACCUUGUUCUUUUCAAUUGUCCGUGUUUAAACAGUCUUUUUCAUGCUUUGCUUCCAGGAAGCAUUUCUGGAUCUCCACCUCGUGUACACAGCAACAAAUCCACAUUCAAAAAUCCUAGAGCUCAGUGUCUUGCUGUUCCAAGUCUCCUCACACUUGGUAAUUUGCUUUCAGAUAAAGCAGUUGUCAUUGUAGCAGCUGGCAGUGAAAGAUAGGAAUGUUGGCCAUUCUACCUGGAAAGAUGCUUGAGUCUGUCCUCUCUUCUCCCUGUCCUAGUUCACUACCCUUUGCCUGGAGAGUAGCAACGAUCUUCUCACCUGUCUCCCUAUGUCCAGUCUAUGUCUCAGAGUCAUCUUGCAUGACGCAACCAAUUGUCUUUGUAAAAUAUCCCUCUGUUAAAACUACCCUCUUCUUCAAAAACCUCCAAUGGCUUCCUAUUUAUCCUGCCUACAGGAUAAGGUCCACAUUCCUUAGCAUCCUCCGCCCCCAUUAACCGACCCAUUUUUCCAAACUUUCUUCCUGCUGUGUUUUUCUCACCCAUCCUGCUUUAUAGCCUCACUGAAUUGCUCUUCUGGAGUCAGUCCCUACUUUAAUCUCUAUGUGCACUGGUACAAAACUAUUCCUCUUUCUGUUGCUCUAACUCAGAGACCCGGCUUCAAAGUCAUCAUCUGUCUGACUUCAGAGGACCAAAACUGGAGGGCAUUGCUGCUGCUUUAGAUGGAGUGAGAUUCAAGGUAAGGAGUAAGCCUGUUAAAUUAUAGAUUUUGAGUACACAGGAAGUGUUUGACUCUUUAAGGUGAAUGCUGUAAAUUAUAUUCUCCUGGCUGCUUCUCUUAAGGAAAAGAUGUUGAAGGGUCAGCUAUUUUCUCUUACUGCAGUAGAUGGAAUACUCUGAUGUAAGGCAUUUAGACAAAGUGGUGCUAUUUUGCCUUACUCUGAACUAUGUGUAAGUACUGUGUGUACUAUGUGUAAGUAACCAGAACAGUUAAUUUAUAAUGAUAAAAACAAGUGUUUUGUUUGUUUGUUUGUUUUUUAAUAAUGGUAGUAUUGGAAGUAAUUCCCCUUAUAUUUACAAGUAAAAGAAUGGAUACUGGUAUUUAUAUCACAUGGAUUUAUGUGAGGGUAUUAUUUAAUAUUUAUUUUUAUGAAUUACAAAUUCACUAAAUGUUUUAGGUAAAAAGAUGUCGCCAGUGGGCAACUUUGAAUAGUGUUCCCUGAAUUGGCUGAUCUGUGGAGGUUUUUAUCGAUACUUUCUCUCUAUGUCCAGAUACUUUGCUGUUUGUACCAAUGGGCACAAAACUGUACUGUUUUGUCCUCUUCUCCUGUUGACAACUGUGGUGCUAACAACAUGGGAAAUAGUCUUCAGAGACAAACCUUCCUGCAUCAAAGCCUACAGGAGUGAUGAAAAUGAGACCAUGGAAAGAAACUGCAUAGCUAAAAGAAUAACCUGGACCCCCAGACCUGAGCAGAAUCCUGCCCUUCAGAUCAAUCCAGUGGCCCGCACUCACGAUGGGUAUCGCAUGUGUACUCUUGCAAUGCCUGAUGGGAAUUUCCAGCAUCACUAUCACCUCUUUGUGUUGAUGUCUCCAGGGGUAACACUUCUCUCAGGGAAGAAUAGAACUGCUGUGUGCAAAGCAUUUGCAGGGAAGCCAGCUGCACAGAUUUCCUGGGCCCCAGAUGGAGAUUGCAUCACUGAGCAUGAACCCCAGGCUGACAGGGCAGUGACUGUUAAGAGCACAUGCUGCUGGACAGGCAACAAUGUGUCUAAUGUAACUUACUCUGUUGUUACAUUUGUCUGGGAUCAAAAGUCUCUCCAUAGGUAAGCAGGCUUGCAGUUACUGACCUGAUUUUCAAAACUUUUCCUAAACAUGAGUCAUGACGUAUUCAUUCACUCAGUUAUCUAUCUUCUCUGGAAAUUCUAGUAGAAUUAUACUGGACCUUCUCAGUAUGUUCUUCACUUAUUUUACUCCCUCUGUCAUACUUUGCUUUAUAGCUUAUCGUUGUUCUAUGGUUGACUUUCACAGCUCAGUCUUUCACUUUACUAUUUCUUUUUUCAGCUGUGUAUAAUCUGUUUUUUAAUCUAUCCAUUGAGAUUUAAUUUCAAUGCAUUAUAUUUUUUUCAUUUCCAAAAAGCUUAAGUUUUUUUUUUUUUCCUUAUGUUUUGUGUUUCUUCCUUUUUCACCAUUUUAACUAUACAUCAUUUGUGGUGGCUUUUACACUGUCCUAUUAUUUCUGGUUAUAGUGUUGACAAUUCUCCUGUGGGUUGAUGUAAUAGAACUAUGGAAUUAUAGAUGAGGCAGUAACCAUUAUAUGGUAAAUAGAGUUGGAGAGUAGUCCAGAGACUAUUUUAGAAAGUAAAUAAAAUUUGAACUAGAUUUGAAGGAUAGAUAGGAGUUUAAAAAGUUAACUAGGGUAACAAAAUGAAUAGAGAGCAUUCUAGAUAGAGGCAAUUGCCUAUACAAAGACAGAGAAGCAUGGAAUUUCUUGGUGGCUAGAGAAGAAAGCACAGUGUGGGGAGAAUAUGUGGUGACUAGAGCAGUACUCUUAGAGGCUUCAUGAGCUAGGCAGAUAACAUAGAUGAGUCUAGAUGAGGAACUGCUCUGAGUGGAGUGCAACACCCUCAUAAAGGGUGGCAGGGAGCAUAAGAGUAAUCUAACUUCUCAGCUCCAGCUGAUUAUUUCUAUUAGAAAAUGAGGGCUCAGCAUUACCUGCUUUUUAAAUUUCUCAAGAAAACUUGACAUUUGUAAUCUUAUGUAAAAUUUUCCUAUUUUAAAAAUAUUGUGUGAGCUCAAAACAAACAUAAGGAUCUGCAGGUCAGAUGUGGCCAAUGUUUGCAAUCUCUGGACUCAGUAUACAGCUUGAAAAUAAACUAAGGCCCCAUUGUAAAGAAAAUUGUAUGCUAUUUUAAGGAGUUGAGAUUUUAUCCAAUAGGCAAUAGGAAGCCAAUGAAGGAUCUCAGGUAAGGGAAUGUCAGAUCAUGGACUAGGAUUAAAACAAACUAAUGGCAGGGAAAUCAGUUUGGAGGAUAUUUUAAUAGUUUUGGAUAAAAACAAUAGGGCCGGACUUGCACAUGAGUAGUAGUAAUUUAAAAGAUUUAGAAGACAUUCUGGUUGUAAGAUAAAUAGGGUUUUUAUAUCAACUAGAUAUGGAGGGUUAAGUAGUAGUCAUGGAUGUCUGGGGUAUUUUAAUAUCAGUCAAUGUGGAUGAUGAUGUCAUUGAUUACAUAAGAACAU